AUGGCUCCCCAUCCCGACGAGCACAAGAAGAAGGUCAACUUGACUGACCCCUCCGGCGCCGAGGUCAAGAACGAAGAUGACACCGCGACCGCGAUCCUCAAGAAGAAGAAGAAGCCCAACCAGCUGAUGGUCACCGAUGCCGUCAACGAUGACAACAGCAUCAUUGCCCUGUCCGAGGCUACCAUGGACUCUCUCCAGCUUUUCCGAGGUGACACCGUCCUGGUACGGGGUAAGAAGCGGAAGGACACCGUCCUCAUCGUUCUCGCCGACGAGGAGCUCGAUGACGGCAGUGCCCGCAUCAACCGCGUCGUUCGCCACAACCUCCGUGUCAAGCAUGGUGAUAUGAUCACCAUCCACCCGUGUCCCGAUAUCAAAUACGCCAAGAGAAUCGCCGUUCUGCCCAUUGCCGACACCGUCGAGGGUAUUACCGGCUCUCUCUUCGACGUCUUCCUCGCCCCCUACUUCCGUGAGGCCUACCGGCCAGUCCGCCAGGGCGACCUCUUCAUCGUCAGAGGUGGCAUGCGGCAAGUCGAGUUCAAGGUCGUUGAGGUCGACCCCCCCGAGUAUGGCAUCGUCGCCCAAGAUACCGUCAUCCACUGCGAGGGCGACCCGAUCCAGAGAGACGAGGAGGAGAACAACCUCAACGAGGUUGGCUAUGAUGAUAUCGGAGGCUGCCGCAAGCAGAUGGCUCAGAUCCGCGAAAUGGUCGAGCUUCCCCUCCGUCACCCCCAGCUCUUCAAGUCCAUCGGCAUCAAGCCUCCCCGUGGUGUCUUGCUGUACGGACCUCCCGGUACCGGUAAGACGCUCAUGGCCAGAGCUGUGGCCAACGAGACGGGUGCCUUCUUCUUCCUCAUCAACGGUCCCGAGAUCAUGUCCAAGAUGGCCGGCGAGUCCGAGUCCAACCUGCGCAAGGCUUUCGAGGAGGCCGAGAAGAACUCCCCUGCCAUCAUCUUCAUCGACGAGAUCGACUCUAUUGCCCCCAAGCGUGAGAAGACCAACGGCGAGGUCGAGCGACGUGUCGUCUCUCAGCUUCUGACGCUCAUGGACGGCAUGAAGGCUCGUUCCAACGUUGUCGUCAUGGCCGCCACCAACCGACCGAACUCGAUUGACCCGGCCCUGCGACGAUUCGGCCGCUUCGACCGCGAAGUCGACAUUGGCAUUCCCGACCCUACCGGCCGUCUCGAGAUUCUUCAGAUCCACACCAAGAACAUGAAGCUUGGUGACGACGUCGACCUGGAGCAGAUUGCCGCCGAGACCCACGGUUAUGUCGGUUCCGACGUUGCCGCUCUUUGCUCCGAGGCCGCCAUGCAGCAGAUUCGCGAGAAGAUGGACCUCAUCGACCUCGACGAGGACACAAUCGAUGCCGAGGUCCUCGACUCGCUCGGCGUCACCAUGGAGAACUUCCGCUUCGCGCUCGGUGUCUCCAACCCCUCCGCGCUCCGCGAGGUGGCCGUUGUGGAGGUGCCCAACGUCCGCUGGGAGGACAUUGGUGGCCUCGAGGGUGUCAAGCAGGACCUCCGCGAGAGCGUCCAGUACCCCGUCGACCACCCCGAGAAGUUCCUCAAGUUUGGCAUGUCCCCGUCCCGCGGUGUGCUAUUCUAUGGCCCCCCCGGUACCGGUAAGACAAUGUUGGCCAAGGCUGUCGCCAACGAGUGCGCCGCCAACUUCAUCUCCGUCAAGGGCCCUGAACUGCUCAGCAUGUGGUUCGGUGAGUCUGAGAGCAACAUCCGCGACAUCUUCGACAAGGCCCGCGCCGCAGCUCCUUGCGUCGUCUUCCUCGACGAGUUGGACUCGAUCGCCAAGGCUCGUGGCGGCUCCGUUGGUGAUGCCGGCGGUGCUUCCGACCGUGUUGUCAACCAGCUCCUGACUGAAAUGGAUGGCAUGACUUCCAAGAAGAACGUCUUCGUCAUCGGCGCCACCAACAGGCCCGAGCAGCUUGACCCGGCUCUGUGCCGUCCCGGCCGUCUCGACUCGCUCAUCUACGUUCCCCUGCCCGACGAGCCCGGUCGUCUCGGUAUCCUCAAGGCCCAGCUGCGCAAGACCCCCGUCUCCUCCGACAUCGACCUCGGCUACAUCGCCAGCAAGACGCACGGCUUCUCUGGUGCCGAUCUUGGAUUCAUCACCCAGCGUGCCGUCAAGAUCGCCAUCAAGGAGGCCAUCAACGCUGACAUCGAGCGCUCCAAGGCUCGUGAGGCUGCCGGCGACGACAUGGAUGUGGAUGAAGAUGCCGAGGACCCCGUCCCUGAGCUGACCCGAGCUCACUUCGAGGAGGCCAUGCAGAUGGCCCGCCGGUCGGUGACCGACGUGGAGAUCCGCCGCUACGAGGCAUUCGCCCAGCAGAUGAAGAACGCCGGCCCCGGCGCCUUCUUCAAGUUCCCCGAGGCUGGUGCUGAUGGCCAGGCUGGUGGCGAUGCCGGCAAUGGCUUUGGCGACGCCGGCAACGAUGAUGAUCUCUACGACUAA